GUAUUUAUCAGGGUGUUACAGCAGACAGCAAGUUCAUAAGAACAAAGGGUGUUUUUUCGCCGAUGACUUAGGUUGACUGGGCCCAUAAAGGUGCGUCUAAGGGUACCUAGGUCCUUUAAAAGGUUCUUUAGCAGGCAGGUAGGCGUAGCUGCCUUCACUAACCUGGCAGGUAGGAUUGUGGUACUUAACCAGGCUACUUGCCUGCAACUUCCGCAGUUUAAACUACCUAAUCCUCCCUCUUCCUCUUCAGUUACAUUUCUUUUCCCUCAUCUCAUCAGAUAAGACAUCAGAAAGACUAUUCAACCCAGUCUCACCCUAUCAACCACAUCAGACGGGAACUAUUCUUCCACAUCGCCCUUCGCUCUCAUAUCAUGACGAGACGAGACGUCAGAUUGUCACUCAGCAGUUCAAGCCGGCUGACCAACGCCAACAAGAUCCAGCAAACAUCUGAUCUAGUUCGGGAUUUUUUCUCGGAUGAAAACAACCAUCAUGCUACUGUGGUUGAUGAGUCUACCCUCCAGGUCAUUCUAACCUCGGACAAGCUGUGCUCCCAUCGUCUUCCAGGGGCUCAGGAUUAUUUAGAUGACCAUGGUACCAAGCUCGACCUGGUUCCUCGGGUGAGGAGGAACUUGGCAACGGCCAUCAGCAUGCCAGGGUUUGACCAAGCCGCUCUCUGGGCUGCGCUCUGGUUAAUGCCUACCGAGAAUUUACAGGAGCUGCACGACAAUUUACGCCAACCUGCGUCCAAAGCAGACUUAAUGCGACUACAAUGUCAGCUGGUGGUCGGUGUCUCUCAAAUCCCAAAAUUCAUCAGAAUCUUUCGUGGACAGGAUCCUGACACCUUGAACGAGGACGACAGCAAUGCUCCCAAGGCUUACAAUGCCGGUGACAAACGGAACCGGGGGGAGGCUGACUUGGCUCUAGAACGAGACAGCCACAAAUGCGUCAUUACAGACACCCUUCACCCUCAAGUCUGCCACAUCUUUCCCUUCGCUUCCUUGAAGUACAGGUAUCAGAAAGUCCUGCCAAUUUGCCUCGACGGGAUGAAAAAGAUCUGGGGAAUUGAACGGGUCGACGACCUUUCCGAAAAGCUGAUGAUCCACGGACCCAACGAAACUGCUGCCAUCGACACGGUUACCAACAUGAUUUGCCUAAGUCCGCAACUGCAUGAUUGGUGGUUGAGGGGUUACUUUGCCCUUGAACCCAUCAGGCUUUGGUCCGAACCUUUACAUGACAGCACCCCAGACAGGCCAGACAGGGCGGCGAAGAAACGCAAAAUUCCUGAGAAAUGGAGCAUCCAGAUACGCUUCGAUUGGUUAAGGAAGAUCGACGUCCCCAUGUUGACGUCAAAAGUCAAGUUUUCUGAUGAUCCAAUCACCAUGAUGCAAGAGCCAGCGGGCGAGGGUCUGGUCAGAGCUUUCAACGCAACCACGUGCCGACAGGUUGAGAACGGCCAAAUCUUCACCAUGACGGCCGAUAGUCGAGACAGGCUACCUGACUACGACAUACUUCUUUUACAAUGGGACCUGCUACGAAUGUGGCGUCUAGCUGGGGGCGCGGAUCCUACUGUAUACCCUUUGGACGACGAUUUUCUUGACAGCAGUGACGACGAGGUCUAAGUGACUGGCGGUGAUGGAAUCCAGGAGACUGCCAACGGAGAUGGUCAGAAGGAUGUCCACCGCGAUUGACACGUUGAAGUGGCCCCGAUCAACGUAUUGGUUGUCCGACCCAAGGCACGGCCGGCUACCCUACGAAGGGUGGAAGGAUCGCAGCUUGCCUAUCUUCUGUCAGCGCUACCCACAGGAGGUGCGUAUUGUCUGAGACCUGCAUCCAAGCCGGCCUUUCGUCCCUGAGUAGAAUUAUAGUCUGAAGAAGUCUCUCAGUCGGUUGGUUCGGAUGGAUGCCAAGGUGCAAAACCAUGGCCAUGAAAGGGAUGAUGUCUUUCGAGAACUAUGGCGGCAUUUGAAGACUGGUAUACAAACGGUAGCGGAAUUUAGCAACAUGAUUUGCCUAAGGCUUAGUGAGGGGCCAGGCUAAUUCGAAUUAAGGGCCAGAAGCAGAAUCCGCUGACAGAAAUACAAAUCCGUCACGCUAAGACUA